CAGAGGGACAGACGGUGACUGUCACAGUGUCUCGGUGCUCGAGUGGACAGCGAUGUCAGGGGGUCGUGUGUGCGUGUCGGACUUUGAGGAGGAAGCUAAGAAAGUUCUUCCUAAAAGUGUGUAUGACUAUUACCGCUCAGGAGCUGAUGAGCAAAACACACUGGCUGAGAAUGUUGCUGCCUUUAACAGGUGGCAGCUCAUUCCACGGGUGUUGAGGGACGUGUCCUCGGUGGACCUGUCUGCCUCUGUGCUGGGACAGAAGCUCAGCAUGCCUCUCUGUGUUGCAGCCACAGCCAUGCAGAGGAUGGCUCACCCUGAAGGAGAGACAGCUACAGCCAGAGCAUGCCGAGCAGUGGGGACAGGGAUGAUGCUGAGCUCCUGGGCCACCUCCACUAUAGAGGAAGUGAUGUCAGCAAUGACACAGUCACCAGGCGGUGUUCUGUGGCUGCAGCUCUACAUCUAUAAAGACAGAGAGCUGACACUUUCAUUAGUCCGCCGGGCAGAAGAGGCAGGUUAUAAGGCUAUCUUUGUUACCGUAGAUACGCCAUACCUGGGGAGGAGGUGGGAUGACAUGCGCAACAGGUUUCAACUGCCGUCACACCUGAGCAUGUCCAACUUCUCCUUACCCUCCUUGGCCUUCUCUGAGGGUAACUAUGGCAAUGACAGCGGUUUGGCUGUUUAUGUUGCUAAAGCUAUAGACCCCACUCUCUGCUGGGACGACAUCACCUGGCUGAAGAGACACACACGCCUACCUGUGAUUGUAAAAGGAAUACUUAAUGGUGAGGAUGCUGUCCAGGCUGUGAACUACGGUGUCGAUGGUAUCCUGGUGUCCAAUCACGGAGCUCGACAGCUUGAUGGGGUUCCUGCCACGCUCGAUGUGUUGGAGGAAGUGGUGACGGCGGUGCGGGGUCGCUGUGACGUCUACAUGGACGGAGGAGUGCGGCGAGGAACAGACGUCUUAAAGGCCUUAGCUCUGGGAGCGAAGGCCGUCUUCAUCGGUCGGCCGGUGCUGUGGGGACUCGCCUGUCAGGGAGAGCAGGGAGUUAUAGAAGUUCUGGAACUUAUAAAAGAGGAGCUGAGACUGGCUAUGGCCCUUUCAGGUUGUCGUUCUGUCUCUGAGGUGAGCAGGUCUCUGGUGAGGAGAAUGGAGUUCACCUCCAGGAUGUGAUAGAAGCCUGCUGCAGACGACACUCAUCUGUCUGAUCACUGGACGUUCAUCUGUCAAAUUAAUUUACAUUUAUUUUUUUGUAUUUAGACCUGCUUGUUAAAAUGACUGACAACUGGUUCUACUGAAAAUAAUAAAUAAUCCAAUGUAUUGUAAGACUGGAUGUAAUUCUGAAAGAAAAGUGUCACUUAUUAAAAAUGUUUUGGAAUCACAAAGUAAA